AUGUGGUACCAAUGUGGAAAAAGUAGACAGGUAUCAAUGGAAAUGGAUAGAUACCAAUUGGAUAUCUUGGGAAUAUCAGAACUUAGAUGGACAGGUUUUGGCAAGAUUAAAACUGGAAGUGAACAAAUCAUUUUGUACUCAGGAGCUGAAGAAAAGCACGAAAGAGGCGGGGCGCUAAUCAUUAAUAAAGAAACAGCGAAGAGUCUUUUGGAAUGGGAACCAAUCAGUGAAAGAAUUUUAAGAGCACGAUUUUAUUCAAAAUAUAUUAAACUAUCAAUUAUUCAAGUGCAUGCACCAAUGAAUGAUGCUGAUGAGGAGGAAAAGGAGACAUUUUAUGAUCAACAACAAUGUGUUUUAAAUCGAGUUCCAAAACAUGACAUGAUAAUUCUUAUGGGAGACCUUAAUGCUAAGGUUGGAAAACGGAUUAGUGAUGAUGAAACCUCCAUGGGAAACGAAUCACCGGGCGAGAGGAACGAAAAUGGAGAACUGUUUGUUUCCCUGUGCGAUCUAAAUAGUUUAAACAUAGGUGGGAGUAGAUUCAAGCAGAGAGAGAUACAUAAAUGUACAUGGACCUCACCAGACGGAAGAACAAAGAAUCAGAUAGAUCAUAUUGCAAUUAAUAACAAGUUCAGGAGCUCACUAAGAGACGUAAGAGCGAUGAGAGGUGCCGACGUUGGAUCAGAUCACUACUUGAUUCUUGCAAUAUUAAAACUAAAAUUAAGAAGAUCACCAAAGAAGACGGGACAUAAAAGAAUAAGCUAUGACAUUGCUAAGUUAAAAGCCAAAGAGUGCAGACAAGAAUUUUCAAUCGAGUUGAAAAACAGAUUUGAGCUGUUAAAGGAAGAAGAAAAUCAUGGCAACACUGAGCAAUCAGAAAAUGAGGUGAAAGAAAAAGUUGAAGAGACUUGGGAACAUAUCAAAAACAUUUAUUGCGACGUAGCAGAAAAAGUGUUGGGUAAAAAGAAAGGAAAGAAAAGCAAAGAAUGGAUUACGGGAGAAACAUUAAUACAUAUUGAAAGCAGAAGGAAAAAGAAAAUACAGAUGGAAACUACAAAGUCUGAAAAAUUAUUUAAUCGGUAUAGACAGCAGUAUAGUCAAAUUGAUAGAGCAGUAAAAAAGUCAGCCAGAAAAGACAAAAGGAAAUAUUUCACAGACCUUGCCACUGAGGCUCAAGAUGCAGCGCAAAAAGGACAAAUAAGUACUUUCUAUCAGAAAGUGAAACAAAUAAAAGGAAAUAAACGAAAUUCGCAAUGUGCAGGAAGAGACAAAAACAAUAAGUUACUUACUACGGAUAAGAGGAUUGAAGAAAGAUGGAGAAAAUAUUUUGAAGAUACGCUUAACGCACACCAUGUUGAAAAUUCUGAGCAACUCCCAAAUGUUACAUUAAAUGUAGCAUCUACUGUAGAUUUUUCUUUGGAAGAUAUCUCGCUGAGGGCCACAAAACCAAAGAAGGCUGCAGGGAGAGACGGAAUCGUGGCAGAGAUGCUUAAGGCAGACUUUGAAACCUCUACAAGACAGUUGCAAAAGCUCUUCAAUGAAAUCUGGAGAAAUGAAAGAAUACCAGAACAAUGGAAAGAAGCAAUAAUA